CCGGCGCGCCCCCCCGCCGCGGCGGGACCCAACGGGCCUCACCGGGGUGCGGGGGGUGGGGACACGGUGCCGCCCGUGAUCCCGGUGCCCAGCUCUGACGUAGCUCGUACGUGGGCAAAGCGUGGCGUGACCGGGGGCGCGGCGGAAGCCCCGCCUACGAGGCGGGAAAAGCGAAGCUGCUCCUCGGCCUCUUCCUGUCCCUCGCGGGUCGCCGUCGAGCCCGGCAGCGGAGAGAGCGUCGCGAAGGGAGCGCGUCACUUCCGGGCGGCGCCGGCGGCGGGCAGCACCAUGCCCAAGUUUUAUUGCGAUUACUGCGACACGUACCUCACCCAUGAUUCCCCGUCCGUGAGAAAAACCCACUGUAGUGGCCGAAAACACAAAGAGAAUGUGAAAGACUACUAUCAAAAAUGGAUGGAGGAACAAGCUCAGAGCCUGAUUGACAAAACAACGGCUGCAUUUCAGCAAGGGAAAAUCCCACCUACACCGUUCUCGGCACCACCUCCCGCAGGAGCCAUGAUACCACCUCCUCCCAGCAUCCCUGGCCCCCCGCGGCCCGGCAUGAUGCCGGCCCCUCACAUGGGCGGCCCGCCAAUGAUGCCAAUGAUGGGCCCACCCCCACCAGGAAUGAUGCCGGUUGGACCCGCUCCGGGGAUGCGGCCGCCGAUGGGAGGACACAUGCCGAUGAUGCCAGGGCCCCCGAUGAUGAGACCACCCUCCAGACCCAUGAUGGUGCCAACCAGGCCGGGAAUGACCCGUCCAGACAGAUAAAGGUGGAAAAGGAGCUACCUUUUUUUUUUUUUCAUAUUACAAUCUUCCAUGUGAUAAAAUGCCAUAGACCUAUGUCCUUAGGAUUUUGUAUUAAAACAGUGUGUAGAAGAGAUCAGCUGUUACUUCAGACUGCAGACAGUCUGACCUAGAUGCACACUGGACUGAUGCUUUUGUACCUGGUCCGGGGGUUUUGGUUUUUUGUUGUUGUUUGUUUGUUCCCCACCUCCCCAUUGAAUCGUAAAACACAACAAUAAAACAUUGAUGCUGAUUUA